AUGGAUUGUAUUGGAGACUACACGACAGCAGAGGUGCCAUGGCUGUGGGAAAUCUGCCAAGGAGACUCAAUACAGAGAGCAGACUCAGCCCGCAACAUACAAGUGUGCUUGUCUCAAUAUGGCAAAGAAGGAUUAAAUGGUGGAGGAGGAGGUGGAAGUCAUUUCGACAGUCCGUUUGAGUUUGGCUUCACAUUCCGGAAUCCAGAUGAUGUCUUCAGGGAAUUUUUUGGUGGAAGAGACCCAUUUUCAUUUGACUUCUUUGAAGACCCAUUUGAUGACUUUUUUGGGGGCCGAAGGGCUUCCCGAGGAAAUAGAAGCCAAGGUACAGGCUCGUUUUUCUCUGCCUUCAGUGGAUUUCCUUCUUGAGGUGGAUUUCCUGCUUUUGAUACAGGAUUCAGUUCAUUCGGGUCACUAGGACACGGGGGUCUCACUUCAUUCUCUUCAGCAUCAUUUGGUGGCAGCGGAGUGGGCAACUUCAAAUCAAUAUCAACUUCUACUAAGAUAGUUAAUGGCAAAAAAAUCACUACAAAGAGAAUUGUGGAGAAUGGUCAAGAAAGAGUAGAAGUUGAAGAAGACGGACAGUUAAAGUCCUUGACGAUAAAUGGUAAGGAGCACCUGCUACGCUUGGACAACAAGUAAUUCAACGCACACAUUUAACAGAAAUGUUAAACCAUAACAAGAACCAUUUGAGGAAUAACAGGAACUUUUUUUUUUGAAGAUUUCAAACGAACUCAACUUUCUGUAUAACUGUACCUAAUCUAAAGUAUUUAUAAAACAGCUCAUCGGAGCCCCUAUUUGUCAUAGACUUUUGAGUUUGUUGUUGGGACCACAAAAUAGGACCAUUUUUUUUUUGUCUUAAAAAUUGUUGUAACCUCUGUAUGCACUUUGCUUUAAACAAAACAAAACAAACCGUAAUCCGAGGUGAGCCCUGUGACUCUUGAGUAGUGCUAGGACGAGACUGUUCUCUGACACCAGCAUGGAUCUGCUUCCCAUUGUGUUGAACUGUGAGUGAGUAGUGUCAGCCUGCUGUGAAGCUAACGUUGCCAGAUGAACCUUCUGCAGAAAUAUUUCAAUUUUAUUUUCAGUAUUUAGUAAUUAACGCUAUUACUGCAUCAAUGGUAAUACAUUUCUGGUUUAGUGUAAAUUAAGGAUGCUUUCUAGUUGUGCAUGGAUGCUGGCAAAUUCGUCAGUUCUGAAAAUUGU